UUUCAGGGAAAAUAAGUAGAAGUAACUAUUUAGUUCUUCUAAAUAACGAGACUAAGUCACUUAGUGCCUUCGAGUAAAAUACAACUUCAAUACAACUUCUUCAAUCAUCACACAACAACAACUUUCGCACGUAUUUACUUCACUAGGUAGAAGUAUUUACUUGCUGCAGUGAUCAUUCAAGAAAACAAUGGACCAGUCUUUGCGCAAAGCUCAGCUUGAAGGCUCCAUCUUUAGCAUCAAGGCUGCUAUCAAAGCUAAGGCGUUCGAGCUGGAAGGGUUGAAGAACCAGCUUUCUGGGUUUCAGAACCAGGUCAAAGCUUGCAAUAAGCUACAGAAUCUUGCUGCAACUCCUAUCAGCAACCUUCUCUUUCUACCGGUCCCGCCUGCAGUGACUGCCGAAGCGCGCACAUUGGAAAUUGAAGACCGUGAGCUCGCUGUUAGCAAGCUACCGCAGUUUCCUGAAGGGGCGUUCCCUUCUGAUCCUGCAGCUGGGAGCAGUAAGGACAAUAUAAUCCCGUCUGAGAGUUGUCCUACUCACGAGCAGCUGGUAGAGAAAAGGACGCCUGGAUAUAAAACUCGCGUUCAAAGGCUCCAAGAGCAAGAGCAGCUGGAUCGCGAGGAAACUGGGAAAGGCGUGAGAGCUCGUCGGCAGCGGCGCAUUCCUGUGAAAAAAGGAAACUAAAAGAGUGUCUCAGUAUAAAUUUGGGUGCAGACUACGUACGAGAUGGACGGUCGUAACGCGC